CCCCACCCUAACCCUGCGCCCUUGUUUUGCAUAGGAAAAAAGGAUCAGGAUUUAUGCUGGGGUUGUGCAGUGUAGUGCCAAUCAAUUCUGGCAACCCUGACGGAGGAAGCUUGAUUGUGAAACUAAUUUCACAUAGGUCGCCACGUAAUGCCUGCUGGUGUGGUGGCUAAAAUGGAGAGUUACAACAAUAUUAGAAUACUUCCCUUGUCCUACGAGAUGCAAAACAAUGGAACUGACGACUGCAGUGAAGCGAAAAAGAAACAGAAAAUGAGAUACCUACUAUGGGAAUUCGGCGGAGUUGCGCUUGUGACUGUUUUCAGUCUGGUGUUGUUGGGAAUCGUUCAUUUAUCAACGCAACAGCUAGUCACUGGAACAUCUACUGGCGAGUUCAAUGCUGUCAGGGCAAGGUCACUCAAGCUGAGAAGGAAGCAUCUGGAAAACAUUACCAGCAUUGGCCCCCGUCCACUGGGCAGCCAGGAGAAUGAAGUUGUAACAGUAAACUACUUGCUGGAGCAGAUCGAGCACAUCAAGGUCUACAGUGCCUUAGGACCCCACUCUGUCAUCGUGGACAUCCAGAAACCCACGGGCUACGUGUUUUGGAAUCAUUACUAUGAUAGAAUUAGCAACAUCGCUGUCCGACUGGAGCCCAAGGACGGGACUCAGCACCUCAUGCUGGCCAAUUGUCACUUUGACACUGUGGCCAACAGUCCAGGUGCGAGUGACAAUGCCGUGGGCUGUGCGGUGAUGUUGGAAGUGCUCCACUCUCUGGCAAACCUCUCCACUCCUCUAAAACAUGGGGUGGUGUUUGUCUUCAAUGGAGCAGAGGAGAACAUGCUACAGGGAAGUCAUGGCUUCAUCACUCAGCAUCCCUGGGCAAAUCAGAUCCGAGCAUUCAUCAACCUGGACUCAGCGGGUGUAGGGGGCAAAGAGAUGAUGUUUCAGGCAGGUCCUAACAGCCCCUGGUUGGUCCAGGCCUAUGUCCAUGCUGCCAAACACCCCUUUGCCUCGGUUGUCGCACAGGAAAUCUUCCAGAGUGGUAUGAUCCCAUCUGACACAGACUUCCGCAUCUACAGUCAUUUUGGAAAAAUUCCAGGUAUUGAUUUGGCCUUCAUUGAGAACGGCUUUAUCUACCACACGAAGUAUGACACACCAGACCGAAUCCUGACAGACUCCAUCCAAAGGGCCGGUGACAACAUCCUUGCCAUACUGAAGCACCUGAUGAUGUCUAAAGAGCUGGGGAACUUUUCAGAAGCUCACCCUGGCCAGAUGGUGUUCUUCGACCUACUUGGCAUGGUGAUGGUGGCGUACCCAGCCCGCAUUGGCACCAUCAUCAACUACGUGACUGCAGUGGCAACCUUCCUCUACUUGUUUAUCAAGUGCUGCUAUACCGGAAACAUCGAGACACAUCUGGACAGUGCAGAGACAACUUUAGCCAAUGCAGAGACUAUUCAUGCCAGUGCAGAACCAUCACAAACCUCAUGUGUUGAUCAGGGUGACUGCGUUGAUGGAGAGACAACUCUGACCGGUGCAGAGACGUUAGACGAUGCAGAGAUAAUUCAGGCUAGUCCAGAUCCACCACCAACCCUAUGGAACGGUCUGGUCAACUGCAGUCGAAGAGCUUGCUGUUACUUGGUGAAGCUGGUCCUUGCCACGUUACUGCUCAUCAUCAGCUGGAUUAUCACUGGACUGACUGUGUACAUCAUAGCCCUGGUGGUGUCACUGAUGGGACGAUCCAUGUUCUGGUACAGCAACUUGUACGCAGGCAUAUUUCUGUAUGGUUCUGCUGCCACAGGCAUGAUGGUCCUCAUCCACACAGUGGCCAAGAAUCUCUACUACAGGUCUUUCUGCCGUCCUGUUUGCCGGUAUGCCUAUCAGUCUGCCUGUCAGCCUGUAUUCCAGCAGUUUGUGAGAAGGAAGCUGGGGGAGCUCAACUUUGACGUGAGCCUGUUGGUGUGGUGCUUUGCCCUGAUCUUCCUCACAGCUAACAAAAUGUGCUCAGCGUACAUCCCCAUGCUUAUGGUGGCCUUCCCUCUGGUCACUAAGUUGCUCCUGACCAGGGAGUUCAGACUCAGAGGUUUAUCACUGAAGUACAUGGUUCUCUACCUGUUGGGUCUGUCUCCGCCAUAUGUCUACUUCGUGUAUCUGAUGUGGUUGGUGUUUGAGGUCUUUAUUCCCAUCCAGGGUCGCAACACAACGCACUCCCCUGAGGUGUUCCUGGCUGUUCUCAUCAGCCUAUCUGUCAUUUUUCUCUCAUCCUUCUUUAUCCACUUCAUCUACCUGGUCCGGUCAACUAAGGGGCUGUUAGCAAGUCUGGGAACAGUGUUCACUGUGUUUCUGUUGCUGGUGUUUUGUGGUCUGUUCUUCCCCUACACAGCAGACCCCUCUGCUCCACGGCCAAAACGGGUCUUCAUCCAGCAUAUCACUAGCACUAUCCAUGAUCUAGAUGGCCAGGUAGAGAGUAAAGACUCUGGACUGUUGAUCAACAGCGAGGACUUCACUGACAUGCAGCAUAUCACACCUCUCAUACCAGAGAUAAACAACACUGUCAGGAGGGAAAGUUGUCAUGUCAGGCCUUUCUGUUUCUGGCCUUGGUUUGUAAGUGUCAGGAAUAAUUGGUAUAUCCCAGCUGCUGAAGUCUUUCCCAAGUCUCCUGUGGAGUUUCAGCUCCUUUCUAAAGAAAAUACAAAAUGGGGAACAGUUAAGAUGACUUUUGAAGUCAAAGGUCCCAGCCACAUGUCCUUCUAUUUCGAAACUCACAGAGGGGCCUUUCUAGCCAGCUGGUCUUUUGCCAAUGAGAUGCAUCCGUUCUACGAGAAUAGACAUUUGAGUAUAUCAUACAGCCAUGGCAUUGACGCCCCAGUGUGGAACUUCUCAAUUGAAAUACAGCCUCCCAGAAAAGACGACCCGUCAGGCCCAGAGGAAAUGGUCUCAGUAGCCUUCAAUUCUUACUACUACUUUGGCGAGGACCAGAGGACUGUUCAACUCGACAACAUGCUAGAGAGAUUUCCCAAGUGGGCCUUUGUGUCUUCCUGGGCCUCCAUCUAUCAGAUGUACCGAUACUGACAUCAAGCCUUAUCACAUUACAUUACCUAGAUGGGUGUUCCAACAAUUUGCUUCAUUUUGUGUAUGUUAUCUAAUCAAAUUUUCAUAUCGUAGAGUACAGCUUCAUAAAAAUAGUUUCCACUCUCAAUAGGUUAGAUUAAGAAAAAUAUAUUAAGUGCUUUUUGAAUGUCUAAUAGGGUUGACUGUAAAAGGGUUGAAACUUCCAUCUGAAAUCAGCCAUACCCAUUGUAACAGGAAAGCGUGUUGUUUUUAACUGAAGUUGGCAAUUUUAAUGCAAUCUUAAUCUUUUCCCCUUUUGUACCACAAAAAAAUUAAAUAAAUAUAAACUUCUUUCACUUCAUGAUUUCGGUAAUAUGUUUUAAAUAUUUAGAAAAUAGCUUCAUAAUGUUAAAAUUAGAGUUUUGUUCACUUAACAGACUGAUCUUGAAAUAAAAACAGCUGUAUGUGUAUUACAAGUAACAUGAAAUAAAAAAUGAUCUCCAGAAAAUACUAUUAGAGCAAGAACAUUUAUAGAGUGGAGCAAAUACUGCUGGGUAAGGUAGGUUAAAGCCUUCUUAAAGCAGAAUUUGCCAUUCAUUCAUGGAUUCUUUUAAUUUCAAUAAUUGUUUAAAGGGUACUCACAUUUUGUGGAACAAAGUAGAUACUGGGCCUUUGGUUCGACCCGUUUCUUCAUCACUCCCAGACAAAUCAAAACAUCCAUCCAUCCAUCAUCUUCCGCUUAUCCUGGGCCGGGUUGCGGGGGC